GGGCGGGCGCUGCCGGCCGCGAUGCCCGGCGGGGCCGCGGGCUGAGGCGGCCGCCCGCCCGCCGCCAUGCCGGUGAAGAACCGGUACAACCUGGUGGACGAUGGCUGCGACUCCCGCGUCCCGCUGCACAACGAGGAGGCCUUCCAGCACGGCAUCCACUUCCAGGCCAAGUACAUCGGGAGCUUGGACGUGCCCAGGCCCAACAGCCGCGUGGAGAUCGUGGCAGCCAUGAGGAGGAUCCGGUACGAAUUCAAAGCCAAGAACAUUAAGAAGAAGAAGGUGAGCAUCAUCGUGUCCGUGGACGGCGUGAAGGUGAUCCUGCGCAAGAAGCAGAAGAGAAAGGAGUGGACCUGGGACGAGAGUAAGAUGGUGGUGAUGCACGAUCCCGUGUACAGAAUUUUCUAUGUCUCUCAUGACUCGCAAGACCUGAAAAUAUUCAGUUACAUCGCCAGGGACAGCGCCAACAACUCCUUCAGGUGCAACGUCUUCAAAUCCAAGAAGAAGAGCCAGGCCAUGCGCGUGGUGCGCACCGUGGGACAGGCCUUCGAGGUGUGCCACAAGCUGAGCCUGCAGCACGCCCUGCAGAACGCCGACGGGCAGGCUGAUGGUGCCAGCGACAAAUCGGCCGAGGAGCAGCCGCUGGAAGUUCACCAGAUAAAGGGCUCCAAGAUCACGGAUGUGGACGAGGUUGGCAUCGAUACUGGUGGCAUCUGUGUGUCCGAGAGGGGACCCAGAGAGCUGCCAGGUGUCAGGGGGGACCUUGGCAUGCUGAAACCUGGGCAAGCCUCUAAGGAAAAGAACGGCCAGGAUGCUGAAAACUGCUCCCUCCACCUGGCCAGCUCCCAGCAGCUGCUCAGCCCGAGCAGCCCCUGCUCCUCAGCCUCCAUCACCCCACUGGCCUCCCAGCACUGCCUCCAGCUGCUCCAGCAGCAGCUCCUCCAGCAGCAGCAGCAGACGCAGGUGGCUGUGGCCCAGGUGCAGCUGCUGAAGGACCAACUGGCGGCCGAGACAGCGGCGCGGAUCGAGGCGCAGGCCCGGGUGCGGCAGCUCCUGCUGACCAACCGCGACCUGCUGCAGCACGUCUCGCUGCUGGUGCGGCAGCUCACAGUGCUGGAGGCCCGGGAGGAGCACCGCGAUGAGCAUCGGCAAUCGGUUGACCACUCCUUGCAAAACCUGUCCCUGGCCCAGUCCCUGUCCCUGAACCUGAAGAACCACUACAGCCUGGAUGUCCACCUGCCAUCCACCUCCACCCCUGCCAGCAUCCUGGGCAGCCCGGUGGCCCCCGGCUCGCUGCCUUCCCUGGGCCCCAGGGACUCCUACCUCAACCUCGUCAGCCUGGACAGGGGCAGCCACCGCUACGGCAGCAAGGAGGGGGACGAGUGUCUGGAGGGGCAGGAUGGGCUCAGCCGGCGCGUGGAGGGCUCCGAGGUCGGCGACUUCGCUCUGCCCAACGGGAGCAGCCGGCAGAAGGCGGAGGACACGGCCAGAGGGGAUGAGGACAGGCGGCAGCCGCCCAUUCCCAAGCUCAACCCGCCACCACCCAUCCUACGCAAAAGGUCAAGCAAGACCUCCCCAAGCCUGGAAGUGGAGGUGAAGCCUGAGAGCACUGCCCACCUGAGCCUACCCAGUGCCAGCAUCUCCAGCCUCACCAGCAUCACUGCCAGCUCCCUCACCCUCUUGGACCCUGAGGCAAGGACUCCUGCACGGAGUGCUGCCUCCAGCACGGAGCCCGGCCCUGCCGGGGCCUGCCAGCGCGCUCUGGGCAAGGACAGGACCGGAGAGAGUGGCCCAAUGUCCCCCUUGGCCAGCAUCCAUGACCCAACAGCCAGCGAGACCCUGGCCAAGGAGUUAGUGGCCCUGGGCAGCCCCACGGACAGCUCACUGCCCUUCUCCCCUGCAGAUGACACCUGCUUGCACAUCAGCUUCUCCGAAGAUGAGCUGGACACUGCUGUGGGGCCCAGCAGAGUCCCCUCUUAGUGGGGCCACAGUAGGUGGUAGCUGGUGGCUGGCAGCCCCAGCAGCUCCAUCCACAACCCUGAGCUGGGACUGGGGGUCCCUGUCCCCGGGCUAUGAGACAGGUCCCUUUCCUGUCCCACAUAAUGGCUUCCCCCACCACCUAGAGGCCACCCCACAGGAUGGGACUGGCCAGCCCUGCCUCAGUCAGCACCAGCUCACGCUGCUGUCACACUGCCAUCCUGUCCCUGCUCACAGAGCCAGGGAUGCUCACAGCAGAGAAUUCCCAGGGAGCUGCAGGGUGGAAGCCCUGGGCAGGGCACGGUGCAGCGCUGUGGGACGAGAGGCUGUUCUGCUCAUCACUUGCCACCCAUGGCAGCCUGAGCAGGGCCACGCAGCACAGCCAUGGUGUCACUCCCCUGCCCAGCUCCCCAGGGUAUGUCCCAGACUGCCACCACACUGGGUGUCUCCAGAGCUGCCAGUGUCCACCAGCCCCACGCUGUGCCCAGCCCUGCUUUGGGGACAGCAGCCCCACCACUGUGUCCCCAUGCAGUGAAGCCACCACUGCCUCCAUAGGUGCCUUUUCCCACUCCCCAGCACCCACUGCCCACACGGGUUGGGCCACCCCUCUGAGGCCACUGAUGGGUGCAGGGCUGGCCAUGGGAGCCUGCAGCAGGGGGGGUGACCCCGUAAGGAAGGGUGCACCCCAUGCCUUGGGGUCAGGGCAGAGAGCCCUCCCGUGCCCCCCGAGCUGCUGGUGGCUGCAGGCAGGAGGCUGCUCCUUGUGCUGAUUUGAGGGUGUCACGGUGUGGUUUGGGUUUGGUCUCAGAAAUGUGAGUGUCCUGGGAGGAGUUAAGGUUUAAGGAAGAAGCAGGGUGAUGCUCAUCCACCUUGGUUGUUUGUCAGAGGGUGUUGGGAAAGUGUCAGAGAGUUGAGUUGGGAAGUGUCAAGCAGAAAUGGAGACUUGGAGCAGCCAUGCUGCCUGUCCCUGGCAUGAUGCUGCUCCUAAAGGGAGAGGGGGGUGACAGGACAUGCACCCAGAGCCAGCCAUGGCAGUGACAGAGCCAGGAGAGGGCUGGGGACUGGGCUGGGGGUUGUAAAGCUCGGCUGGGCUGUCCUGUAGUGUGGUAGUGACAGCCCAGCCCCUCCAUAGGACACUGCGGUUUGGUAAUGGACUUUUAAAGAAAAAAAUAAACAGAUUUGCAGAGCCA